ACAACCUCAUAUCCUCCAAUCGAGAUUGACUGAUUGCCUAGCGCAAAGGAAACAAGUGCCUAAUAAUAGACCUAGAAUUACUAAAUCAAGGUAUGGAGUACAAUCAGGCCACUGAACAUCGUUCUUUGAGAGGGGAUAGGAGGUGCCUUGAGACCAUAUACCUCCUUCUCCCUCUUCGCCUCUUCCUAGCUCUCCCUAUUGGCAACAUGAUAUGGCUGCCCGAGUUCAGUAGCCCGUCUCAGCCCUUUUGUGGUACACCAUAUUCUUUUCUCUUCUUUCGGGCCCCUUUGCUAAUUUUGCCUUCUCUCCUAAUCCCUUCUGGCUAUCUUUUGCUCUUUCUGGUCGCCGUAUCCUCUGGUCUAUUUCUGUCUCAUAUACUAGCAGCUUUGCUGACGUCGACUCUUGAAGGGAAGUGUAUGUCUGAGACAACUCUCAGGGGCGAGGUGCCCGCUUCGACAAAAAUAGAAUCGAUGCGAGUCUGGCUUUGUUGUCUUUCUUUCCUCCUAAUUUCUAACCAGAACCCCUUUCUUAUUUCCUUCUAAGUUUUCGUUCAACUAGAGUUUAAAGACAUGCAUGUAUGCGUCUUGGUCUAACCGUGCGCUGCGUCUGCGUCGCCUAAACAAUAGAUUUAGGCCUUAAGGUUGGGCUGUGAAGAACUCAAUGCAAUGCUUACCCGAGUCUUUUGCUUCAUGCCAUGCGGGAGAUAAACUAUUGAAAGUCAAAUCACAUUCCUAUCUGAAGUCUUUCUAUUAUUAGGUCUUCUUCGUUCAGACUAUCUCGGCUCGCUGGACUAAGUGAUUUUAUCGACUUGAUGACU